AUGCCUAAAAGAGGAAGAGGAAGAGGUGGUCCAAGAGGUGGCUCAAGAGGUGGAAGAGGUGGUAGAGGUGGACGCGGUGGUUUCAUAGGUCGCAAUAGCAAAGCACAGAAGAGAAGAAGACAACAACAACAUGCUAAUGGGCAGCCAAAUAAUGGUGAACUCCCAGAAUUAUUCGAUUUGAACAAUCCAGAUUUCAUUUCUGUGUCGCAUCCAGAACGCUCAAUGAAGGCUGCUGCUGCAAGAGGCUCUAAGAAAAAGUUCAGAUUACAAGAUGAGGUAUUCAACACUGAAGAUAACAGGGAGAGUACGAUGAAGCUCCCACUUCGAAAAAGACCUGUUGAAUUCGUUAAAGCUGCAACUUUAGACCCUUCAAAGGAUUUAGUGAGGAAAUUGAAGGAAAAAGAUCAAUUCAUUGAGAAAGUCAAAGAUAAUGAAGUGACUUUCGUUAGCAAGGAGGCAAAUCUAGAGAUAAAUGGAGAUAAGAAGGAUUCAGAUGAAGAAUUAAUUGAAGUCGAUACUACCGGUCAAGAUGAAGAACCAAUUGAAGUUGAACCUAGUAAUCAAGAUGAUGAACUAAUUGAAGUUGAACCUAGUAAUCAAGAUGACGAAAUUGUUGAUCUUACUGAAACCAAAUCUACUAAAGAAAAUGAAACAUCUUCAGAAACUACAGGGACCUUCCAAGAAAAAUCCAGAAAACCAAAAAACACUAUACAACAGAUUCCAGAUAACCUUUUAUUUUUCCAAGACGAUGACGGUGAUGAGUCAAUCACAAAGCAUAUCAAACAAGUACCAACCUCAACACACACAUCACAACCAAUAAGAGCUAGUAAUAACACAGAAUUCACACCAUCACUAAGUAUAGGUCAGACUCUUCUUUCUACAAACUACGAAAAUAAUUCUAAAGAUUCUUAUGUGCAACUCCCAAGAACCAAUAAAGAUAAAGAUGAAGAUAUUGAAAUUGAUUUGGAUCAAUCUAUUUACGAGAUCGCUGAUGAUGGUGAAGAUUACCAUACUGUCAAUAAACCAACCAGUCAAGAACUUUACCGCUCAUAUAAUCAAUACAUCUCAAGGGUUAUGCAAAACCUGGCAGACGAAGAUGAAGAUGAAGACGACGAGGACGAUGAAAAUAAUGAUGAUGAGAAGGUUUUUGGCAAGAAAGUUGACAAUGAACAGGACAUAUAUGCAGAACUUGAUGAUGAUUUUGAAGAGGAAGCUAACUUCAUUGCAAACGUUGACGACGAAGAUGAUUUUGACUCUGAAAAUGAUAAAAUUGACACUGAUAGUAUUCACGAUGAAAGGGCUGCAGAACAAAUGAAUAAUUUGAAGAUCAAAGAGUCCAGUGAACCUCCAAAAGAGGUAUCAUCCGAUGGUGACCCAGAAUAUGGCUUUCUUCCCGACGACUAUGAAUCAUUUGAUCAUUCUCUUGUUGAUGUUAUAAAUGUGAGGUAUGGUGCUGGUACAAAUCAAUAUCAUAUGAAAAGCUUUAGACUUACAGGAUCUUACGAUUUCUUGUGGAUUGACCAAAAUUUAUUUGAAGAUUUUUUGGUCGAAAAUGGUAUGCCAGAUUAUAGAGUGAAUGCUUACUUUAAAUAUGUACAAGCACAGCUUACGCCUGAAGAACUCAACGAAGAAGAUUUUGAUUUCCAAUUUAUUGAUGAUUCAAGUGCUGAAGAAGAAGAAGAAGAAGAAGAAGCUGAUGACCAUGAUGAUUAUGAUGAUGAAGGUUUAGAUGAUUUAGUCAAAUUUACGUCAAAAUAUGAUGGCGUCAGAGAUUUGGAAUAUGAAACUAAAACUCUUACAACAAGAGGUAAAGGUCGUAAGAAAGAACUUGACCUCGACCAUGUUGCUGAUAUGGAUCUGCGUCAAUCGCUGGCUGAACAAUAUCAGGCACAAAGACGUAACAAAAAGGAAAAGAGAAAAGAAAGGGAAAGCAAUAUCGCAAAAGAGCAUUCCACUUCUAAAGAUUUAUCACUAAAAUACCCAUAUACUAUCUAUGUCAAUGACUUUAGAAAUGAAUUUGAAGAGUUCUUACAAGAUUCAAAGAGAAAUGCGUUGACAUUCCCACCUCUGGAUCCACAUGGUAACAAAGUUGUUAUGAAAUUUGCAUUUCUAUAUAACAUGAAGUCAAGAAAAUUUGGUGCUGGUAAACAACAACACGUUGUCGCUGUUAAGAAUAAGAGAACUUUCCAUUCAAUACCAGAUUAUCAUUCGGUUAGUAUGCUAUGUAAACAAAGACCUAUAUUUAACAGAAUUGAUCAAAAGAGACCAAGAGUUGAAAUUGAAGCCGAAGAAGCUAAAUCUUCCAGAAGAGGGAAACCAAGUAAUGCACAUGUCAAAGAAGGUGAUAUCGUUGGUGAAAAUGCUCCAGAAAUUUCAACUAAUAAUAUUGGUAGACGUUUACUAGAAAAAUUGGGUUGGAAAGCCGGUCAAGGUUUAGGUGCUGAAAACAGAGGUAUCCCCGAGCCAGUUGUUGCCAAAGUCAAGAAGACAAAGCUUGGUUUACGUUAG